UGGAGUUCUCCGCCUAUAAGUCAAGUCGGCCGCAACCACCACCCAACCCGUAGCGCAAAAAAAAAAAAAAAUCUCUGUUUCGUUAGUGCCUUGCGUGAGGAGGUCGGAGUCGGAGGCAGCCGAAAACUCAGGGUCUCGAGUUUCCUCGGAGCGGAGGCGAUGGCUGGGAAGGGAGGAAAAGGGUUGCUCGCCGCCAAGACCACGGCGGCCAAGUCCGCCGAGAAGGAUAAGGGGAAGAAGGCCCCCGUCUCACGCUCCUCCCGCGCCGGCCUCCAGUUCCCUGUUGGACGUAUCCACCGUCAGCUGAAGCAGAGGACUCAGGCAAAUGGCCGUGUUGGUGCCACUGCAGCUGUGUACUCCGCUGCCAUCCUGGAGUACUUGACUGCUGAGGUUCUGGAGCUGGCUGGGAAUGCUAGCAAGGAUCUGAAAGUCAAGCGUAUCACCCCUCGCCAUCUGCAGCUGGCCAUUCGUGGAGAUGAGGAGCUGGACACCCUCAUUAAGGGAACCAUCGCAGGCGGAGGUGUCAUCCCGCACAUUCAUAAGUCCCUGAUCAACAAGUCUUCCAAGGAGUGAAGACUAGGGAUGUGCAUCUUUAGUUUAAACUGGACUUUUGUGCUCUCCUCUGUGAGUCCCUGUCGUCGUGUAGGUUUUAGUUGAGCUGUCAGGUUGGAGUGAUCCUUCUGUGUAACGCUUGCCUGGUACUGCUUCAGUUAUUUGGACACUGUGUUUGUGUUGAGUUGUUAACUUCAGGGGUGCAAACCUGGAUGCUUAUUUAGUUAUGUGACUAUCUGGCACUAUUCGGUUUA